GGCCUCCACCACCCCCACAACCAAAACAUAAUGGAUCAAGAGUCAAGUUCAAGCCCGCACAUUAAUCAACCGCCUCAACAGAUAACCAUUUUCUACAAUGGAAGGGUUUGCGUUUGCGAUGUUACAGAAUUUCAGGCGAGACAUAUUCUAUCGCUGGCGAGUCGGGAAAUGGAAGAGAGAAUGAAAACGCUGACAGGAUCAGAACCGGCGUCGCCGUCUCUACCGUCUCCAUUAUACACCCCGUCUUCAACAUCCGGUCUUUCCAUGAAGAGAUCACUUCAACGUUUCCUGCAGAAGAGAAAGCACAGAGCUUUAGCAACAUCUCCAUACGGGCAUUGAAACUGAUAGUUUUGUUUUGAUUAUUAGUGGUUAAUUAAUUUUAAAUUUUAAUUAUAUCGAAGAUAAGAAGCAAUUGAUAUGAUAGUGCUUGUAAAUUAUUUAAUUAAUUAAUUUGAGAGGAAUAUUUGGAUUUA